CAGGCCCUCUCUGUACAGCUAUCCGCUAUCUACAAAAAUAAUCCUCUAUUCAGUGUAUGCUACGUCUGAAAGUCAGCGGCGGCCGUGCUGCAGGCCAUCAUAAUCGUCUCCACUAGACACGCCUAUCAAGCGAAGACAAAGUUCAAGAGCGGCGAACUACGUACACCGCAUCCUUGAGCAGCAGCAUAAAUGGACACAUCCUCAUCGCCCUAUGAACUUCGGAAAGCACUGGUGCAGCCCCACUCUCGACCUUCACUCGACUACCGUUAAGCAUGCCUAGCACAGAUCUCACAAAGUUUCCCUCACCCAUCGGCGGUAUCCCGCUUCCUCGGGAUCUCGCUCCUUCCGUUACUUUUGCUUUCCUCUUCUUCCUCCUCGUACUGCUCGGAGUAUACCGGCUGCUCCGUCGUACAUCCCGCAGCCUGCUCGUAAUCACAACGCUCGGGUUUGCCGUCGAAAGAGUUAUCAUUUGGUCUUUGCGAGCCAAGGAAUCACGCACGCCAUCUGAAUACUCCGAUCGUCACCUCAUGACCUAUUGGCAAGUCACCUUUACAGUGGGCUACGUCAUUCUCUUCGUGAAGCUCGUUAUCUUUCUCCGAUGCCUUGUCAUGAACGCUACGGAGGAGGUAUCGUCCCCCGACCUUCGCGUCUUGGAGGAGAUGCAGAAGCCUAAUAACGACUCAGAGACGCAAACCAAAGCGUUUAUCGAAGACGCCGUUGUCGACGUUGGGGACCGUACGAACAUUCGUCGCCGGUACAGAAGGCUGUCUCGUGCGGUGUUUAUCAUCGCCAUCCUCGUCUUGAUCAUCGGUGUCGUUUCCGGCAACGCGUAUGUCAAAGGAGAGACAAACAGGAAGAAGGCGCUGCUCGCGCAAGUGCUUAGACAAGCCGCGGCAGUUGUCUCUCUGGCGCUGCUUCUCGUCCUUCAAGGCCUGCUUGUGUACGCUCAUUUUACCGUGGGCUGCAUCAGGCGGACGCCAUUGAUUCUUCUGUUUGCUGUUGGCGGCAUCAUCAUGAUAAUUCCAAUCUACCAUCUCGUUGUCAUGGGCGGCCUCACAACGUCCCUCACGUCUACGGAACGAGGGUCACAGAAUACAUCCACUGAAAAAAUUGCCUUCUACGUGCUCCAAGCAGUCCCGGAGUUCCUAGCAAGUGGAAUACUGCUCUUUCCAAAUGUCAGGACUAUGUUUCGAGCGAAUACUGGGUUUGACUUGCUACGGCACUUCAGACGUGGAGAACCACGGGCUCAGUGAGGUGUAUGGGUAGUUUACUCUGCAUACACACGUCCGCACCCAUCCUCAUUAGAAAGAGCGAAAUUAUGUACAAGCGUCGUCUGCCUUACCGGUUUCACAACACCACUUUGACCGUGAAUGAUUG